UGUUCAAAUUGCGGAUUUUACUAAUUUCGAUCAUUCCAACUAUAUAAAUUUUUAUUUCAGUGCAAAAGAAAUUGUUGUAAUCUUGCAACACUAAUUUGUGCAAUAAAAUUGAUUAACCAAUCCACACUACUAGCUUCUAUCUUAGUACAUAGUGAUCUGUUGCAGAGUAAACAAGUGAACAUCUGCUUAUCAAUGAAUGUAAAACUUCUGUUUCAUAAAUUAAUUAAUAAUAAUUAUAACUAUGACUCGCAUUUAGUUUUAAAUACUUUAUGUAAAAUUCGUCCAUUACGUGUAUAAUAUUUAUUGUGGUUUAUUAUGAUUUCUCGAAAAUAUUAUGCAGUUACAUUUUUUUUGCGAAUCAAGUAUAAUGUAAUUUUAUGAGUAAAAAACAGAUCGCAAAUUCAUAUAAGACUUGUUUUUGUUGAGUGACGACGAAGGUCAACGCUUCUGGUUAGUUUUACUUCGGUUAAAGUGUACUUUUAAAUAUGAAGAGGAAAUAUAGUGUUAUUACGAUUAAUGUGGUUGUUUUUAUCGCCUGGAUAUUUUGUGUGAAAGGUGUGACAAGUUUCGAAGUUCCUCCAGUUAAAAUGGAAGCAUUCACUCCUACAGGAUUCAGGGCUUCUAUUCUUGCUUCACCAGGUAUCAAGUUAUUCGCAUUCCAUGGUAAUAUCAACCGUGUAAUAGACCUGGACGAAGGUGACGUAUUCGGAGAGGUCCGAUUUCCCACAGAGGGACGGUUUGUAGUUUAUGAUAAGAAUAUUGUACUUAAGCCGGGCGAUAUCAUUUAUUAUUGGGUUUAUGUCCAGAAUUUCGCGUCAGGGCACAGGGUCGAUGGAAAGAAGUAUGUAAUCGAAGUGCUUAAACCGUAUGAGGAAAUAACAGGUUUCCCCAAUUCAGAUUUAUUAUGUGAAGGAACUGUUAUAUUUGAAGACACGUUCAAAACAAAAUCACUAAAUCAAAGUGUUUGGCAGAUAGAACAUAGAAUACCAACGUAUACUGGACCCGAUUACGAAUUCAAUUCUUAUCUAAAUAGUGAAGAAACGAUUUUCAUAAAAAAUUCAACGCUAUUUCUUCGACCCGUUCCUCAUAGAGACGAAGCAGAUGUACGAGGUGAUUUGGAUCUACGAAAUGGAUGUACAGCCGGAGAUAAGUCUCCUCUUGAAUGUUUCUACCAGCAGAAGUCUGCAUUUUUGCUACCGCUUGUUAAGUCUGCUAGAAUUUAUUCAAAGAAAUCGUUUAAAUUUGGAACCGUUUAUAUCAGAUGCAAGUUACCUGCUGGAGAUUGGAUUUACCCCAUAGUACAUCUUGAACCAGUUAAUUCAAACAAUAAUCUUCCAAUGAUAUGGAUAGCAUUCUCCAGAGGAAACGAUCGACUUUAUGGUGCAGGUGGUAAUGAUUUGGGCUCGAGGCUUUUGUUCGGAGGGCCAAUUUUUGAUCAUAGUGAGCCUGGACGAAGUAGAUUUUUGCGAACGGUUAGGUCUGAUACACCAUUCUUCAAGGAGUUUCAUACUUACAAGUUGGUGUGGAAACCAGAUAGAAUUACUUUUGGUGUUGAUAACUAUACAUAUGGAACUGUACAGUCAAACGAGUUUUCGGCAUUUUCCGAUAUGAGUUCGGAAAACAAUAACUUGCAGUUCCGGUUGAGUAUAGGCGUGGGAGUUGGCGGGAUAACGAAUUUCCCGGACGGUUUCAAAUCGGGAGAAGUCGACAAGCCGUGGAACAACCCCGAAAGGAACAUGUUGGUGCAUUUUUUCAAUAAAAGAAACGAAUGGCUGAAAACCUGGACGGAAGACGGGUCCGCAUUGCAAAUCGAUUAUGUUAGAAUUUGGACCCUUUGAAGAUAGUUUUAAUAUUAGAAAUUUUAAUAAUUCCUUAGUUUCAUCCUAAAUCUUGUUUACUUUUUAUGUAUUUAUUUCAUAUCAAAAA